AUGUCCAGCGCCUACAAGCAGCUGUACUCGGUCCCCAUAGCAGACCGCCCACCCCACGGCCCUCUCUUCUCCAAAGUCUUCUUCCCCAUCUUCUUCACGCUCGCACAGAUCGGUAUCGGCUCUGCGCAACUCUUGUUCAUGCCGCUGCUACUGGUUCCGUUUGUGGGCAAGAGGGCAUUCACAAGGGGAAUCGAGUGGACGAAGGACGGAUAUGGGCGUUUGCUGAUCGCCAUAACGGUUCUCUUCGGACCCACCUCCUUCACAUUCACAUCCGACGUCCCCCCUCUUCUUGACGAUCUAGUACAGAAUGACUCUCAAGGGAGACUACAGAAGAUCAAUCUGCCGGACAGGCUGGUGAUCAUGGCUAAUCAUCAGUCAUAUCUAGAUUGGAUCUAUCUCUGGAUCAUCUGUGCAUAUGCUGGACAUUCAAGGGGGCUUGUAAUCAUGCUUAAGGCGAGCCUGAAGAACGUUCCUUUAUUGGGGUGGGGCAUGCAAUUGUUUAAAUUCAUCUUCCUCCAACGCUCUUGGGCCGCCGAUCGUAGCAACCUCACCCUUGCCCUCCGCCAACUGGGAAAAGAAGCGCAGUCCACGGAUGAUGCUUCUGAAUCGGCCAGCCUACUACGGUCCGAGAGUGGCAAGAGGUCGCCUUUGUGGUUGAUGAUGUUUCCCGAGGGGACAAUCAUCAAUGACGACGAGCGGCCCAAGAGCAAGAAGCAUGCGGAACGUGAAGGAAUUGACGACUUUGAAACAUUGCUUCACCCCCGUACAACCGGCCUCCUAUUCUGUCUCCGAACACUUCUUCCGCAGAUUCCCGACCUCCAGCUCCUGGACAUCACCAUAGGCUACCCUGGUGUUCCCUUCGGUCGAUACCCAGAAGACUGGUAUGGCCUCUUCUCCGUGUUUCUCAAAUCUGUCCCUCCCCCUACCGUCCAUAUUCACCUUCACCUCAACUCUCACCUCACCCACCCCGACUGCGAGAUUCCUUCGUUGAGCACGAAAUCUUUGACGGAGGAGGGGGAGAUGACGGAGGAGACCGGGCUAGCCAGUAAAGAAGAGAGUCGGGCUUUCGAACUGUGGCUGAGAAAGAGGUGGGGAGAGAAGGAGAAGAGGUUGAAGUACUUUUACAAACACCAGAGGUUUGAAGGGGAGAGAGAAGUUGUACAGGUCAGACAACAGCAUUGGUAUCACUGGAUUGCUGCCUGUGGCGGCGGAGGGCUUGGGACAGCGUUGAUUCUAGCAUGGGCGUUCUGGUAUGCGGUGCGCUGA